AGAGAGAGAGAGAGAGAGUGAAGAGAGAGACUAUGGUAUGGUUGUUAGGUCCCCUCUCUGGAAUACUGCAUCUCUCCUUUACAGCUUAGGGUUCAACAUCGGUUGACGCAUUCGAUUUCAUUCUCAGACUGUUGAUCAUAUAAUCAACAAAUUGAUCAUGUGGCGUACUUUCUGGCGAUCCAUUGAUCGGUUCUCACUUCAGCACUUCAAAUACGUUGUUAACGAAUUGCAGAUGAUCAAGGUUGUGGACAAGCAGAACAGGGAAUUAGUUAUAGACUUGUUCCAAUCUAUUGUGGAGAUAGUCACCUAUGGCGACAGACAUGAUCCAUCAAUUUUCGAAUGUUUCAUGGAAUAUCAAGUUUUGGCAGAGUUUGUUCGUGUGUUGAAGAUCAGUAGAAAUGCAAGAAUUGAGGCCCCAUUGCUCCAGUAUCUGAGCAUAAUGAUUCAGAACAUGGAGGGUGAACAUGCAAUUUACUACUGCUUAAGCAAUGACUAUAUCAACAGCAUUAUAACACAUCAGUUCGAACUUGAUGGGGGAGAUCUAGCUCCUUAUUAUGUGUCUUUUUUAAGAGCAGUAAGCGGCAAAAUAACUAGAGGCACACUCUGUCUUCUUGUGAAGGUCCAUGAGGAUGUUGUGGUCUCAUUCCCACUGUACACAGAAGCCCUUAAAUUUGCUCAUCAUGGGGAAAAGAUGAUCCAGAUAGCCGUGCGUGCAAUAACACUCAACAUAUUCAAUGUUAGUGAUGACAUGGUCUAUCAGUUUAUGACAACUCCUCCAGUUUCGGAGUAUUUCUCAGGCUUGGUUCUGAACUUAAGAACACAAUGCUUCCACCUAGAUGCUGUUGUCCAUGCUACAGAGAACACUUAUAAGGGAAGAAGAGAAGAACUUCUUCUGGAAACUGAUAAAAUUGUAGAUGAUCUUUAUUACUUUAAGGACAUAUAUUCUGUUGGCGAGCUUCACUUGAGCAAAACUCUUACUAGGGAUCUUGUCAGCAUGUUGGUCUUUCCCAUAUUGCUUCCAUUAGUGCACUUAAGCCAGAGUAGUGGCACACAACUCUCUGCAAUCACAUCUCUUUUUGUAGUUUCUCGUCUUCUUCAAGUUCUUGAGGGAACCAAUAUGGCUAACUUUGUGGCUAGUGCUAUUCUAUGUUUCCACAUGUCUUCGAGCAUAGAAGAUGUCAACAAUUUGCACAACUUGGAAGAAAUGGUAUGCCCUGAGCCUGAGGGUGAUGAAAACUUCAAAAGGAGCAAUAUUCCUGGGCAUUUAUCUGAUUUCCUUGCAUCUAGCUCUCAUAUUCUCAGUUUCCUUCCUGAUGAUAUUAAUAAAGAAAGCCGAGGCUGCGAAAGAGGUGAUGGCAACAUAGGACUUGUAGGGGAAGAAACGAACAGUCUGACUGUCCAUCAAGCCAAAAGACCUGACCAACAGUUGAGUAAGCCCAUGUACGAUGGCUCUCUAAAGCGUAAUUUCUCUCAUGAGAACGGAGAGGAUGACGGUGUGCUCCUAACUUAUCAGGAUGUCCAAUUACUAUGCAGGGGCGGAAUAAUUCAAUUCAUUCUCUCCGAGGAUCAUGGUCUAAUGCUGGCAUCUCUCAUGUUGUUGCUUGUUUUAGCUGAAAGUAAAGAUCUUAAUUAUCAGCUGGCUGCAAUGAUGGGAUUCUCACAAUCAAAAUCCAGGAUGCCGAAGACACAUGGAUUUUCUGCUUCACCAGAGGAUGGAAGUACUAUAGUGACAUACAUGCAUCAGAUCUUAAACGCAUUAUUGAUGGUUUUGGCCAGUGAACCACCAUGCUCAGCACUAAUACAAUGGCAUUCAGGAUGGAUCUUGCGGAAACUACUGGUGUUUCAGGAAAAGAGGCUUCAUGAUUUUGAUUUUCAGCUCUUUCACAAAUCAUAUGAGCAAUCCUGUAAACGUCUUCGGGAAGAACUUCACAAUUGCUGGUUUGAUUAUAUUCCAGAUACUUUGAGAAAUGAAUGGGCAAGCUGUAAAUCAGCUCUUCAGGAAUCUUCCCAAUCUAAGGAUCCUUUUUUUGCACUAGACCUUGCUUGCCACCAUAAUAACCUUCCUUGUGACAGCACACCUUCUGCUCUUGCUUGGCAUAGGAUGGUUGAAGCAGUCAAGGUUUUGGUUCUCCAUCUUCAAUUGAAGCCAUUUAUUUUUGGUGGCGAUCCUUUUGAUAAUCCAUUGAUAAGCUUGAAAAGCAGUUCCUUGGCUAUUUCAGGAAGAAAAUAUGCUUCAGAUCUUUCAUCUGCAAGCUUUGGGUCAGACAUAGCGUUAGGCUCUGGAAUCCCUUGUCAAAUUGCAUUUUCAAAAGGAGGGAUAAGGGAUAUCUAUAUCAUAGCAAUAGCCAGGGAAACAUCUGGCAAGUUGCUUCUUUUGGAGAAACACCCCUUACACUCUAAGCGAGGAGUUGUAAUCGCUAUUGCUCCAUUGGCGGGGUUGAGUCCGAAGAUAGAUGAGAACCAUCCAUCAUGGUUGCAUCUUCAGAUUAGAGAUUUCGACCCAAAGUUUGAAGCAAGUAAAAUAAAAGGCCAUCACUCGAGCAUGUCCAUUCACGAGGCUGAUCGCCGAUGGACACUUGGUUUUUCAAAUGUGGAAACUUGUGAGGCUGCUCGAUCGAUGAUUUUUGAGGAAACUAGCAAGCAGAGGUCGGCAGUGGAGAGCUUGCUUGCUACACUACUUCAGGACAAUUUUCCAGGAAAUUCAUCAGAUAGUCAAGGGCUGUGA